AUGGAUAAAAUUGGCCCGCAAAAGGAAUUACAAAACUGUCUCACUUACACAUCUGAUUCAGGAAGUGAAUUUGAGCGUACAGUUGCUAGCGCGGCCAUCAAGUCCGAGGAAACUGUUAGCCCGGAGAUGGCGCGGCAUAGUGCAAAGUCUUUGAAAACCAAAGCAACGAAAUGGAUCGCUACUCACGUGCCAGGGCGCACACACCAUCAUAAUCACGAACACAGUGAUAGUGGAAGUACACCAUGGGAUACCGCGCAUUGGAGUGAACAUGCUAAUUAUACGUUCCAUUUAACUACAAGCGACCUCAUCGAUAUGCGCAAAGGAUCGAGUAGAGCAUAUCUGAAUGUGGGUGGUGAACAUCAUGAAAUAAUGUGGAGGACAUUAUGUAAUUACCCGAAUUCUAGAUUAGGGAGAUUAAGCUUAUCCAUGGAUCCCUUGGAAAUCACGCAGCUUUGUGACGAUUAUUCACCACAAAAAAAUGAGUUCUACUUCGACCAUUCGGCGCGAUCUUUUAGCUCCAUCCUGGAUUUAUAUCGUACCGGACAUUUGCAUAUUCUUGACGAGGUAUGUGUAAUGGCAUUCAUCGAGGAUCUGAAUUACUGGGGCCUCAACGAGUGUCUACUUGAUGCCUGCUGUCUGACGCGAUUUGUCCAGCGCAAAGAUCGCAUGGAGGAGGAUAUCAAAAAGACAUCUAGUGCGGGCUUGCCAAGCGAUGAUUCGGAACAGUUUGGACAAGGAAAAUGCGCCGAAUUUCAGCGGCGAUUGUGGGAGGUAGUGGAGAAACCGCAGACGUCUACUAUGGCCAGAGUGUUUGCCGCGGUCUCCAUCAUUUUUGUCAUGGUCUCAAUCGUGGGCCUGAAUCUGAGCACCGUGCCUGGAAUAGGCGAAACCGCAACCAAUCGAAGCGAUCCAGCCUUAGGCGGCGAAGGUCAGUGGGUGCGCAAUCCUCAUUUGGAAGCCUUGGAGUUGAUCUGCACCAUGUGGUUUACGUUCGAAUACCUUAUUCGAUUUGCUGCCUGUCCGAACAAACAACAGUUUGUGAAGAGUUUUUUAAACCUUAUUGAUUUGGUUGCCACCUUACCAUACUACGUUUCAAAAAUUUUGGAAGCCUGCGUAGAUUUCUCAGUCACAUCGCUUGGAGCUGUGAACGAAAUCGUCCAGGUGCUACAAGUUCUUCGUGUCCUCCGUGUGUUCAAGUUAGCAAGACAUUCUAGCAGCCUUCAAGCUCUUGGUCACACGUUCUUCAAAUCCUACAAGGAACUUGGUGUGCUAGUUUUGUUCGUAAUAAUAAUUGUUUUGGUAUUUUCCACGUUGGCUUAUUUUGCUGAGCGAGACGGAAACAGAGCCUCGUUCAGUAGUAUUCCAGCUACAUUUUGGUGGGCAACGAUUACUAUUACCACUGUUGGCUACGGCGACGUGACACCACAAUCUCCUCUCGGAAAAUUUAUCGGAUGUAUGUGUUCUAUUUGUGGUGUACUUGUAAUCGCCUUGCCUAUCCCCAUCAUUGUGAAUAACUUUGCGGAAUAUUAUCAAGAUCAGGCUCGACUGAAGAAAGCUGCAAAGCGUAGAGAACGAAUGGAAAAAGUGCUGGCAUUCGGACAGGAAAGUAAGCUAUAUGCGCGAAUUAGAAGAGGAAGUCCACCAGGAUCGGAUGCAAGUGUCUCCGUGAAUAGGACGAGAGAAGAACGGAGUGACAAAACAUCGAUAAAUUUAACUGGCCCAACACUCAGUUUUACACAUACGGACGCGAAUCACGACAAUAAAAACUACACUGAUAAUGAUGGUGGCCCAAACUUAUAA